AUGGAUAUGGUGAUUAACAUUAAGGAGAGGGCAAUGGUGAAGCCAGCAAAAGAGACACCAAAAGAUCCAAUUUGGUUGUCAAACUUGGAUUUAAUGACUACAAGUGUGCAUAUAACUAAUAUAUACUUGUAUAGAAACAAUAAUGGUGAUGCCAAGUUUUUUGACACUGAGCUUCUUAAACAUGCCUUAGCAAAGGUGUUGGUGCCCUUUUAUCCCUUGGCGGGUCGGCUAAGGUAUGACAAUGGCGGUCGCCUUGAAAUCAAUUGUAAUUCGGAGGGUGUCCUUUUUAUGGUGGCCGAGACAGAUUCUGUUAUGGAUGAUUUGGUUGGAUGUGCUCCCACUGUUGAGCUUCUAAAGCUUACUCCUUUUAUUGAUCGUUCUGCUGGUGUUUCUUCAUUUCCUCUUUUAGCUGCACAGAUUACUCAGUUCAAAUGUGGUACAGUAUCAGUAGGUUUCAGUAACCAACACCGUUUGGCCGAUGGCACAGCAGCCAUGUACUUCGUCAACGCAUGGUCCGAAGUGGCUCGUGGUCUUCACCUAUCACAACACCCAAUCCUCGACCGAGCAUUACUUCGUGCUAGAAACCCACCACAACCAAAUUUCGAUCACAUAGAGUACCAACAAUCACCACUACCACUCUCUAAAUCUACUCAACAACAAGAGCCCAAUCCAAUAGUCAAAGUUUUCAAAUUCACUAGGGACCAAAUCAAGAUUCUCAAAGCCAAAUCUCAACAAAAUGGUACCAAUAACUAUAGCACAUUUGAGAUUCUAUCAACUCAUAUUUGGAGAUGUGCAUCUAAAGCAAGGUCACUUCCAAGUAACCAAGUUACUAAAUUGUUCACUCUAAUUAAUGGUAGGACUAAAUUGGACCCACCACUCCAACCUCAUUUAUUUGCCAAUGUUUUAUAUGCAACUUCAACUGUUGUUACCAUUGGUGAUCUUGUAACCAACCCAAUAAAUUAUGGUGCUAGUAAGAUUCGCCAAACUUUGGUUAAAAUGGAUAAUAGUUACUUGAGAUCGGCUAUUGAUUACUUAGAGCUUAGGCCCAAUCUCAUUAAUGGGCCUGGUCGUGGGGCUGAUGUUUACGAAAGCCCAAAUUUUGGGAUAGUUUGUUGGAUUGGGCUGCCAAUGUAUGAUUCUGAUUUUGGAUGGGGUCGGCCUUUUUAUGUGACCCCUGUUGGGCUUCGUUUAGAGGGUAAAGCUUACAUUUUACCUCCCGGCCCAAUUAAUAAUGGUAACUUAUUUGUUGCUAUUGCUUUGAAAGUUGAACACAUGAAAGUGUUUGAGAAGUUGUUAUAUGAUGGUGUGUGUGUUGGGAAUUCUACUCUUUAA